UGAGUCGUGACCAUUUGACAUUUGGUGAUAUAGAAUAGAGAUUGAAGGUGUUUUUGUUGUGUUUUUGAUAUCAAUCAAUUUUAAAUUGCCGAGUUAUCAGCAAGCGACAUAAGACUAACUCAUUUCGCUGUUAAGCGUCCACCUUUGAGAAUGGCGGAAAGUAGUAAUGGGGAAUUAAGUGAUGAAGAUAUUAUUAUUAAUGAUCAAGAUGGUCUUCCAAAUGUACAUCCCAACCUAAUAGCCGAAGCUGAGAUUGAUAGCCCAGAACAACAUUCUGAUGACGAAUUCGAGGAUUUGCCGUCGUCUCUUAUUGUUACAAAUAUACAUGACUCAGUUUUUACCACCCCAGACAAAAAGCGUGAUUUAGAAGAGUUAUUUAAAAAGUACGACCCAGAUGUAACCUUCCAAUGGUUGCGAAGUUUCCGAAGAUUACGGGUGAACUUCAAAACUCCCUACGCAGCCGCCAGUGCGAGAAUUGAACUUCACCAGUACAAAAUCAACGAGUCAGUUAUAACCUGUUAUUUUGCUCAACCGGUCACACCGGUGAAAAAUCCGAAUUUGCAACCGCCAGCUCCUUACAAACAGUUCCUAAUUUCACCACCCGCAUCACCGCCGUUAGAUUGGGAGCCCCGCGCCGAAGGAGAACCCAUCAUCAACCACGACUUGCUGGCUGCGCUAGCUACCCUCACUCCUGGUGCCACUCAUGAAUUGCAUCCUUCGUCUCCAGGACAACCAGCUAUAGUCGUCCAUACGGCGUUGGGGGCUGCUGCAGCGGCGGCGACCGGCGCCAAACCUAGAAAUACAGCUAUUCCUGAUCGAAGUUAAAGAUCGGGAUGUCAAUAGGUUAUGGAUAAAAUACCAGUUAUUUUAGGUUUGCUGAACAAUCCAUUGUCAUCGUUUACUUACAUUAUAAAAACGAGAAUUUAAAUAUAUAAAUGAAAGGUUUUGAAAACAAAAUAACAAAAAGAAUAAAUACAAAGUUUAGUUUUACUUUACUGUCAUUUUUUUAUUUGUUAAUGGAAACAUUUUUUUAUUUAUUUCUUGUGCUAAUAUUCUGUAAUUAGUGCAAUACUUGUU